AUGGUGGAUACCUUCGUCGAAUUAUUCAAUUAUGAUGUGGUUGAUUUGCGUUCCCUUGAAGAAGCUAGACUCGAUCUUCGAUCCUGGGAGCAACUUACAGAGGUGGAUGACAGUGAUGAGGAUGGUGAUACAGAGGAGGAUAUUUUUGGUGAUGUUAACCAUCUGGUUGCAGGGAUCAGCAAUGUUAAAACCCUUCACUUAUCUUCUGAUACUCUUGAGGUGUUUCACUUGUGCUGUGAUACAAUGCCGGUGUUUCGCAACCUCCUUACUCUAUCUUUUGAGAGUGACAAAUAUAUAGGCUGGCAAGUGGUGCCACUCCUCCUCAACCACUCUCCAAACCUAGAGACUUUAGUCAUCAAGGGUCUUGUCCACCAAGUUACAGAUAUGUGCGGAGAUGCCUGCGCUUGCAUCCCUAGGAGGAGGACGAAGAAGAAGAUGAAGAUGGAUGAGGGUGUAUGCUGUUUAUCGACAUGUCAAGUGAAGGUGCUAAAUAUUUCAGGGUAUCGAGGUACUUGCAGAGAGUUGAAACAGAUGAGGCAUUUCUUGGCAAAUUUGAAAUGUCUUGAAACUGUCAAGGUUGGUGUUAAGGUGAGUCGCCGGAAAGAAAACGAUGCCGACAAUAAGUACAUGAGGAUCACCGAUGCUCUUAGGAAGCUUCCAAGAGUUUCAUCAAACUGUCAGAUCCAUUUUUUCUGACCUUCUCGUUUCCUCUUUUUAUUUAAUUUGUUGCUAAACCGAUUAGUGGUAUUACUUUUUUUUAACUGCAUAAAAGUGUAAAAAUAGAGAUGACUGAGUGAAGGAGAAAGUAGAAUACUAACCACUUAAUGCUCUGGAACUGGACCUAAUGAUUCUAGACGC